AUGGAAGUGAUCCGGAGUAUCACGAACGGCCUGGUGCAUCGGCGCGACCCGCGCGUGCGAGACUACGUCAUGCAGUCCUCGCCCGAGAUCACGCUCGGCGCCACCGCUGGAUACAUGCUGCUGGUGGCGUACGGGCCGCGUCUCAUGAAGAACCGGCCGACGCCGCCGCUCCGGCUCGUCAUGUUCCUGUACAACAUUGGCCAGGUGUGUCUCAGCGCCCACAUGAUGCACGAGUUCUGGGUCAGCCGACCCUCCACGCGGGUCUGCGCGCCGCUGGAGACCAGCGAUGAUCGCAGGGCCCGCCGGCUCGUCGACGCCUGCUGGCUGUUCCACAUCAGCAAGAUCAUUGACUUCCUGGACACGGUGUUCCUGGUGCUGAAGAAGGACCACAAGAGGAUGACGUACCUGCAUGUUUAUCACCAUGCUUCGAUGAACUUCGGCUUCUGGCUCGGCACGCUGUUUUGCCCGGGUGGAUCCACAUGGAUCCCUGGAGUCCUGAACAGCUUCGUGCACUGCGUUAUGUACAGCUACUAUCUGCUGGCCAGUCUGGGCCCCCGAGUGCGGCCCUACCUCUGGUGGAAACGCUACCUCACCCAGCUACAGCUGGCCCAGUUCGCGAUCAUCGUGCUCUGCACCGUUAUGGUCCAGGUGGAGGGCGGCCGCUGCGGGAUGCCGUUCUGGACCUGCUCCAUGACCUUCGUCUAUCUCAUUGUGCUCACCGGACUCUUCGUCAACUUCUACGUGCGCUGUUACCUGCCGAUGGCGGGCCGGGGCCUAAGUCCAUCUCCGGCCGCGGCGCCGCCCGCCAUCUCGAGCGAGGCCUCGAUCCCGGCCCCGGCCCCGCCCCCGAUCCGGAAGGCCGCCUCGUGCGAGCGGCCGGGCGUCAUGGCGGAUGUGGUGCGCGCCAUACUCUCACACGGCGUGGGAUGCUUCACAAAGGAGGAUUAGACGCUGCCAGUGUUUGCCGCCGUCGCCGAGACGUCUUCAAGGAGACGUGACCAUCGGCCCACGAGUAGGCUACUUCAGCCGGGCACUGGAUAACAGUGUCUCCGACACCGUGAUGUCGGACUGGCCUGGUCACGACCGACGCGAGCUUCAAACCAUCGAUCC